GCCUCGCCGCAUCUACCGGAGCGGCGUAGCCGGCGAUCGGAGAUGACGAUCCCGAGAAGAAGGUCUUCACCGUCAGUCAGUCACCUCGUUCCUCGUCGUGUGCCUAUCCAUUUUCGCGCCCUACGGCUACGAGUGCGGUGGUCGUCACAGCCCACAGCCACAGGCGCUUUGUAGCGACGUGUGGAUCCGUCUCGAUCCUUCGCGUCGCCACCGUCCUUACCGCCACACGCCUUCCGUAUAUAGCUCUCCCGCGGACGAACACCUGUCGUGCACUGCGCGCGGGGGGUGGCGGACGAUCGGAUCGGGAGAGGACGCGACGCGAGGCGGGCUGCGUUGUGAGGGAGAGAAGGGAUGCUGGCGGUGUUCGAUCGGGCGGUGGCGCCGAGCCCUGAGGGGCUCCGGCAUCCCGGGGCGGCGGGGGACGGCGCGGCGGGGCUCGCCGAGAGGUUCCGCGACGCGCGCCCCGGCGCCGUCACCGUCGCCCUCGGCCCCGGCGGCGCCAACUCCCUCGCCUACUCCUCCCACGGCCAGAGCCCCCUCCUCCCCAGGUUGUUCGCGGCGACGGACGAGAUAUUCUGCCUGUUCCAAGGCACGAUCGAGAACAUCGCGGUGCUGAAGCAGCAGUACGGGUUGCACAACAAGGGCUCCACCGAGAUCAACAUCAUCAUCGAGGCUUACAGGACAUUGAGAGACAGGGGACCUUACCCUGCGGAUCAAGUCGUCAGAGACAUCAACGGCAAGUUCGCGUUCGUGCUCUACGAUUGCUCCAACAACUCCGUCUUCAUGGCCACCGAUGCUGAUGGUAGCGUUCCAUUUUAUUGGGGAGUUGAUCCUGACAGCCGUCUUGUGGUUUCUGAUGAUGACGAAAUUGUGAAUAAGGCUUGUGGAAAAUCCUCUGCACCAUUCCCUAAAGGUUUCUUCUUCACCACAUCCGGAGGACUGCAGAGCUACGAACACCCUAUGAAUGAGGUGAAACCAGUGCCGAGGCUCGACAGCAAGGGGGAGGUAUGCGGCACAACGUACACGGUCGACGCGAAGGCGAAGAAGGAUAGCAGCAUUCCUAGAGUUGGCAGCGCUGCGGAUUGGUCCUCGCAAUACUAAAACCGUAUAAAUCGUCAGAAGCAUAUGGUAUGAUGACCUAGAAACCUUUGCUGCAAUUACAUGGAGAGCACUAGGCUUCCGGGUUGUCCACGGUUACAAGUGGGCAUUUGCCAUCUGAAAUGUUCAUCUGGAUGGUCAGCCUUGUGCUGUGCUGCUGUCUGAAAUUUCUGUCCUGUCCACCAUUACUGAAGAAUGAGAGCGUGUGGGUCUUGAAUUUCCAAUAAAACGCAAUGCCUUACAGAUGUGUAAAUAGAUGUUUUUGCUUACUACAAUAUUUUCUGAACAAUCAGCAUAUCUAUAACUGUGGCUAGAAUGAAUCAUCUCUAACGAUGUGUGUUCUGUUACUUCUGUAUGUGAA